AGGGGAGGCGCCUGAGCCGGAGCGGGCCCGCCACCCGUCCGGCCCCGUCCUCGUACCGGCUCCUGCCUGCGGCGCCCCGAAGCGGCCCGGCUGCCAGAUGCUUCCGCGCCGGCUGAUGCGGACUGGGCUGUACGCGUAGUGCCCGGCUCGGGCCCCCCGAGGCGCCCGCUGAGGUGGGAGCGGCCUCGACCCCGCGGAGAGCGAGCGGCUGGCGGACGAGGCGGCGGCCGCGGGGAGGAGGAGGAUGGGGGCGAACCAGUUAGUGGUGCUCAACGUGUACGACAUGUACUGGAUGAAUGAGUACACCUCAUCCAUUGGAAUUGGAGUUUUUCAUUCAGGAAUUGAAGUAUAUGGUAGAGAAUUUGCUUAUGGUGGCCAUCCUUACCCUUUUUCUGGAAUAUUUGAAAUUUCCCCCGGAAAUGCUUCUGAACUAGGAGAGACAUUUAAAUUUAAAGAAGCUGUUGUUUUAGGGAGCACUGACUUCCUAGAAGAUGAUAUAGAAAAAAUUGUAGAAGAACUGGGAAAAGAAUACAAAGGCAAUGCCUAUCAUUUGAUGCAUAAAAAUUGCAAUCACUUUUCUUCAGCUUUAUCAGAGAUACUUUGUGGAAAAGAGAUUCCUCGCUGGAUCAAUCGACUUGCCUACUUCAGCUCCUGUAUCCCCUUUCUACAGAGCUGCCUCCCAAAGGAGUGGCUCACUCCUGCAGCCCUGCAGUCCAGCGUCAGCCAGGAGCUCCAGGAUGAACUGGAAGAAGCAGAGGAUGCUGCUGCAUCUGCUGCCAUGACAAGCACUGCAGCGGGCUCCAGACCUGGGCGUCACACUAAACUAUAAAUAUCUCCAAAGUCACACCUGCAGAGCUGUCUCUGGCAAUUGAAAAUCACUAGAGGAAAGUAAACAGAGUAAGCAUCCUUUGGAUAUUUUGUAUGCAAAGAUGGCUCUCCCCCAAAUCCCAGUUUUUCAGCUCAGGAUUAUAUUUGUAAUCAAAAAACAAAAAAAGAAUCACUUGGCGCAGGAGGGAGAACUUUGUACAAAGCUGCCCUCUGUUUUUUUUACCCACUUGUACAUUUGGAUUUACUUGUUCUGUUUUAUACAAGCUCUGUUAAGUUAUGUUUACAGUAUUUUGUAUCGCUGUUUACAAAUCUUGCAUGGACUUCUGCCGUCUGAAAGAAGAAAAUCCUCAUCUUCAGAAAUUAGGCAGGUAAUAUUUGUACACUUCCUGACAAUUGCCAGAGCUAUGGCAUAAUCAGUAGGCACACAAAAAGGUACUUACAGAGUUAAAAGUUCUCAUCUCCUGCUUUAGAGUUCUUUUUUAGAUUUGUAUUUGUUUUGUUACUGUUCGGGGCACCAGGAUGCAGAGAACCAAACUGGCCUGCUGUGAAGGAGCACACACAGCCCAAGGGCGUGGGACCCUGGGCCACUUCCUCCUCCACUCCUCCUCCCACUCCAAGUAGCACAUCUCCCAAGGUGCCCGUUGGACAGUUGGUGUCAUCCCAAGUAUCUGUCCACCAAGCAGGGUGGUCUUUUUGUGUCAGUCUGGCUUUGAUGCCUCCGAUUCGACAGGAUGGUUUUGUUGAAGAUAGUCUUGUAACUGAUAAGUGUUUUUGCACACAUGUGCGGGGGGGGGGGCUUCAUUUUUAUCUUAAUACAUGAUAAUUUCCUCCCCACACUCAAUUUUGUUAAACGGAUAGGAAUAACCUAAGCGGUAGCCUUCUGAGUAGCAGUAUGAGUUAACAUUCAGCUGCUUUUCACUGUUCAGGCUAUCUUUUAUACUAGACCUUGAAAAGUAGAUUCUAAAGAAACAUACCUUCCCAGGGUCGUCUUUGAUAUUUCAUACUUUUAAUGUACCAUAUCAGAAAGCAUAUUUUGUUACGGGAGUAGUUCCACCUCAUAAAUGAAUGCCUAUUCUCAUCGACUUCUUGUUGAAAAGUUGUAUUUGUGUAUUUUAACAUUCACCUUUUUAUGUUCUCAAUUGUGUGUCUCUUUUACCUCAUGCUUUAAGGAGGAAUUUGUCACCAGAGAUAAAUCCUCAUUAGCAAGGAUGCUAUCUGCUCAAGCCUACUCCCAGUUUGACCCUUGGAUGUAAGAAACAAGUCAUUACCUGUUAAAUUGAAUUUUUCUGCCUUAAGAAUGAAUGUCCUAAGUAAAAUAUUGGAUGCAGUAUAUAGAUGAUCCAAGGCAGUGACUUCAGAUUUAGAUGUUAGUUUUAAGAUUAUUUACAUUUAUUUAAACUUUUAGAUUGGACUAUUUACUAUUGCUCUCUGUGGUGAUACAUAUCUUUCAGUAAACUACAUUUUUAACUUUUCCAUAAGCUGAUUUUAAUUGAUUUUUAUCAAUUUAAGCACACCCUGUUGAUAGGGAAAAUAAACCUUGGGUUAUAAACAUUGGCCUGAGGAAAAUGAAGCCACUUUAUGCUUUUUGACUAUUCUAUUUCCAGAGAGAAAAGCCUUUACAAAUUAACUCUUAGAGGAUGGAGCACUUGCUUUAAGAGAUGUGAAGGAAGGAAUUUAUGAUCUUUAUGAAAUGUUGAUUUAGUUCAGGUCUAAAAAUGAGACAAGACAAAGCACUAAGGCACUAACAGUCCCUAAUUUGUUCACUAAGAGUCCUUGCACCAAAAGCCAAAUUAGUAGGAAGGGUUUUGUUGCAUUUGGCCCAGAAUUUUCUGGUAAUGAUGGAUUACAGUUUUCUCUGACCCAUUCAUAUACGCAUGUUUUAAAUGUGGGCUUCUGGCCCAAAGGAGUAACCAUUAGUUAAACACUUCUCGAUGAAUAACUAGGGACAUCUGAUCUUUGCUUAUCCACAGUUCAAGUUAACACACAAACCAUUUUGUUACAUUUACUGCAGCAUUUGAAAUUUAAGAAUAGUACAAAGAGUAUUAGAAACAGUGGCCUGUGGCCAAUUAUCACACUAAAAAUUUGAGCUAAAAUUCUGGACAUGUAGCUGGCAUGGUGGAGUAUGUCUAUAAUCUCAGCAUUUGGGAGACUGAGGCAGGAGAAUCCCUGCAAGUUCAAGGCCAGCCUGGAAUACAUAGACCUUGUCUCAAAAAAACAAACAGAAACAGCCAUAGUGACUCUUACAUGGCUGGUCCUCCCUCCUGCUGUAGACUGCACUUCUUCUCUACUUUUUACUUGGCCCAAACUUGCCCUGCAGAGCUUGUUUCUUGUCCUACCCUUAAUAAAACUUUGCUACCAUUAAGACCGAAAUCAGAAAUUCUGGACAUGAGAUUCGUUGCAUUCUAAUUAUUAUACUUGGGGGUUGAGAGAAAAAGAAAUGUAUGUCUUUUUCUCAUUCAAGCCAGUCCUUUACAGUUUAAGUCAAGAAUGGAUUUAAUUAGCAUUUAACCUGCUUUCCUUGCCCUGCCAUCUUGUUUUUUUAAAAAAAAAUCUCAUGUCAAAAAUCUGGUCACUAGCAUAUAUGUCAUUGAUGGAGUCAGAUACACUUUUUAUUGUGAUGACUAAGCAAAACAUUUUUCCUGACGGGUUAAACAGUAAUAAUCAUGUUAGAAGGUCAGAAGUUUCUGCUGUUCGUUUUUAAUGGCCCUUGGGGUUGUUCAUUGGUUUUUGGUUUUAUCUUUCUACCCUAAGAAGGGGCAUCAGCUUUGGAAAGCGUGACUUGUGGGAUUGUGGAAGGUGGUGGUGCCAUCUUACAGAGCCUCCACUUGAUGCCUGAACUCCAGCCAACUAUUGCUCUGACCCACAGCAAUAGCGCAAGUUACCCAUCACCAGCAUUUGUACAGAGCAGGGAAUUCUGGUUUUAGUUGAUAGAUAACGUUGUGUGUAUGAGGAGAUUCAGCACCACAGACAGCUGCAGGACUCUGUUUCCAUGGCUUCUUCCAUCACAAAACGGGUAGAAACGUUCACUGCUUCAGGGUUCUAAUCUGUGUGUCUUAUGGCUCCAUAUCUGUAAGGUACCCUGUGAUUUGAUACAUGCGUAUUCCUUUCGGAAGUUGAGUUUAUUCAACAGGUUGGCCAUACUGCCAUCGCAUCCCCUUCUCUUCAGUAUGGUUUGAAGUCAGCUCAGUCGUGAGGCUUUCAUUGUCUACUCAGUCCAUACACGUACAUCCACCGUCCAAACGUGUUUCAGCUGUCAGAGUCUUCAUGGACCUGAGAAUAAUUUCUUGUAAAGUUGAAUGCAGUGUACUGUCAUUCAUAGUGUUUAUAUAAAAAUACCAGGAAUCUUCACUUUUGCUACCUUGAUAUAGCAUUGAGCUAUCAUGUUAAAACAUUGAUAUACAUCAAUUUAUUAAAAAAUACUUUUAUAAGAAAUGUUUUAUAGUACUUUCUGACCUCCAGGAGACUGCUGUUGUAUAUUGGGUUGGGGUAAGGGGUGGGGGAGGUUACAGCCAGACCCUCUUGAUCACACCUUCCUCUUAACCAUCACUGGGCACUUUUUCUCAUGUGUGCCAAGGUCUACGGGCCAGAGCCUUGCUGUCAGAGAGCACGUGGCCAUUCCUACUUGAAAGCCACAGUGGCAACCUAGGAUUCUGGAGAAUGGAGAUAAGGCAGGCACCCCAGAAGGGACUCCCCUGAGAGAGCAGGGGGAAACUUACAGAGCCCCACCCCCACCCCACCCGUCCAAAUCUCAAAGCAUGAAUUGGUAUCCUGAGUGACCAGGCUCUUUUUUUUCCCCACCAACCUGUUCUGCUUGGUGCCUCCAACCUGAGGCUUCCCCUUUUUCCACUGGUCUUUCCGUUCCUUGCUGAAUGAUAUUUCCAUCCACUAAUUUCAAAACUUCUCUUGAAAUAAGUAUUAUUAAAUAGAUGAGUAAUAUCCUUAAUGGUCUAUCAUUGCCUGUCCGUCCACCCUGCUGAGAAUAUAACUCACCUGUUCUCAAGGAUAGGAACCAAAAGGUAGCCUGUACCCGUGGUGUAGUACUGUUUCUUGGUAGACAGUAAUAGUUACCAACUCACGCCUGGUGAAGCAACUUCGGGGUCUUGCUGAUAGGAAGGAUGCUGGGAGAGGUGGGAGGUUUGGGGUUUUGUUGGUUUUCCUUUAUUAUCCACCCUGAAGUUCUCCCAUCACCCUAGUUCUAACUUUACAGAAGUUGGUGCUUGUAAAGAUUAGUGACUUGCUGCAUUUUCCAAGAGGUACAUUAGUGCCAAACAAUUGCUUACUUCCUCAUUGAUUUGAAAAUCCAGGCAGCUGCUGAGCCCUGCCACAUCUCCCUUUAAUCUCCUCUCUAAAAGGACAGUCCUCCCAGAAAGAUCAUACCUUGAGCCUAUGUUGAGAAUUUUUCUUGCUGUCCAGGCCAAAUAGAAAGCUAAAGAAGUGUAAGCGACUCUUCUCAACAAGAUGAGGGAGGCAUUUGGGUUGCAGAAGUAAAAGGAGCCCAGCUGUUGCCACCCGGCCCUGGUCUGAGCAGGCCGUGCUCAUGGUCCUGCUGAGAAUGCUGUUGACUGGAGGAGGUGAGGCCUCCCUGACCCCGACCCACUGCCCCCUGGUUCCACUGCACGCUACUCCUUGCCACUUGGCAGUCCUCGUGCUUAGAGAAGCCUCGGCUGCCACCCUGUUCUCUCCACACCCCUAACUUGCAGACAGUCUGUGCUCUGUAGUACAGGACAGCCUUCAGGUACUUCUGCAGCCCUAACUGUACGUUAGGUUGUCCUUAGGCUCAGGAGUAUCAAGUCAGACUCCUUCACGUGACUCCUGCCUUACUCUGCACCGGAAGAGGUAUGCGUACUAGACAUAAGUGAGAACAACCCUGGGGGAAGGCAUUGCUGUCGACCCAGUGUAUUCAGCCCAGCCAGCCCAUGCGUGUGUGCUCAGACGGGCUGAGCGCCCAGACUGCAAGUCAGAGUAAGAUCUCGGGACCAGGGCAGAAAAAACUAACGUCUUCCUCUUCUGCCAGAAUCAGUAAGCAGGUGCCACAAAAGGCCAGCACCCCUGCACACAGAAAAAGAUUAUCACUUAAAUGGUAAAAAGUCAGGCCAGGGAUUAUAGCUCAGCGGCAUAAGUCCUGCCUGGCAAGUGCAAGGUCCUGGGUUUGAUUCCAGGUAUCAAAAAAAAAAAAAAAAAAAAAAAUAGUGAAAAAUCAUAGAAUUGAGGAAAAAAGACAAUAAGGAAAAGAUUUUUAUUCUACCCUUGCAAUGUGCUUGAAGCUAUGCUGUACUCUACAUGCACUUCAUUGUUACUGCAGCCUUUAGGUUGUGCCUACUUUACACAAGAGGUUAUUAGCCCAAGUCCACACAGUAGGAGGCAUCCCUCCUAGACCAGCCAAUUCUAAAGCCUUCCAUUUAGGCAUGCUGCUGUUUUGAAAUGGAAACUCCAGCCCAGCCCAGAAAUACUGAAGUCAGCAAGUCCACAUUUUACCAAGAUCCCCAGGUGACCGCAGUGACAUUUGAGAAACACUACUGUGUGCCGUUAAGACUCGGUCCUGAGUGGUAUGAGUGCUCUGCCCCUUGAAGUGGUAAUUGACUGAGUGAAGUGAGCAUCGGCAGCCGCACAGGUGAGGCGCAGAAGGGCUGGUAGGCAGUUCCCUGCCAAAAUGGAGUGCUGAGAUUCAGGCACUGAGGACUCGGGGCCAGUUCAGCUGUCCUCUGCCUUCCUGAGAGCGCACCAGGGCAGGGCCCGUGGUGUGAUUGUCCCAGUUUACAUCUGUUGUCACUGAGGGCCCAAGCUGCCCGGGCCUCCAUCCCAUGUCCUCACCCUGCCUAUUCCGCAGUGCCCGCAGUUGAGCCAGCACUGUUCACCGCCCCAUGUCCAGAGUGUGCUCUGAAGCUCCCAUCAGCAAAUGCCCAGCUGGCACCAUCCUUUGAGACGCCUCAAGAAACAUUCUGCUUCACCUGAAAUCCGGCUACCCCACUAAGGAACUCUGCUGCUCAGCAACUCUGCUCUCUCCACACCAUUGCUCUCCUUCAAAACUUCCCAGUGACCUCGCACCCACACAGCCCAUCCAGUGCUCUAGCCCCAUGUUCUCAGCUGUGGCUCUGUUGCCGUUUGUGUUGGGAUGGUUUUUUGCCCAUGACAGCACUUCAGUCAUCUCUAGCCCUGCCCCUGCUUAGCAGCGUUUACCCCCUCCACAACCACUGCAACACUAAAUGUACCCCAACACAGACACAUUCCACCCCCACAGAACCACCAGCAGCGUCCCACGUCAGCCACACACCGCAGCCUCUGCCUGUCGUCACUAGCAGUGACCACUUCUAGAAUCUUCAAGCAGCUGGGGUUGCUGAUGUCCCUGCUCACCUUCGCACCAUAUGCUGCAGCAAGUCUGCCUUACCAAGCUCUCAAAUCCAUCACAUCCAGGGCUCCUUUACCAACAUCCACUCCCUUUGCCGGGUCUUCAUUUUCUUCUUGCCCAGCCUAAAUGGCAUCCUCAGUAAGUGAGUCAUUUCCUGCUCAGUAUCCUCCAUCCGCUUCAGUGCCCCUUCCUGCAUUACAAGGCAAACCCUAGACUCACCCACCCCCAUGUGUGAGCCCCAUGAGCAGAACAUGACGAAGGAAGUCACAGCUGGAAUGAAUGGCUUGAUUCUGACACUCCUGCUCACAGAGCCGGCAUGGGCACCCCGUGCUGUGGUGUACCCCAGCUCCCUGUCAGUGCCCCCACCUCCCUGAGGUCUGCCACGUGCUCAAGUGUUCCCACAGUCACCUUACCCCACAACACAAAGGCAAUGUAGGCAGUUGACCCUCUGCCUCCCAAACUACAAAAUUCACCUGAGCUAGUACCAAAUCUCUAUGCUGUUCCAUAGCCUCUGCUGCAUAGCAGUCGCCCUCUCCCUCGUCAGUGCCUCCCAUCACCUUGCCAGCCCUCGGCUCCAGCAGCCACUCCGGUCCCUUGAGCAUCGGAUUUCUUCUACUGAAUCCUCCCCAUCAGCAUAAAACAUAUUACAGGAUUUCUCAGCAAAAAACACGCACUCUGCCUUGAUGCCCUCCACUCUAAGCAACACUGCCACCCUCAGCUUCUAGAAAUACCUUGUUAAUUGGGACUGGGGACAUAGCUCAGUGGUAAAGUGCUUAUCUAGUGUGCACAAGGCCAUCGGUUCAAUCCCUCACACUGCAAGAAAAAGAAAAAAUACAUAGAAUACAGGCAGUUUGGAGAAUGACAAAAUGACCACCAGCCUGUACUAACUGCCCAGCUUAAAUAAUAGAAAUCAGGACUACAGAUCACAUGUAGCCCCUCCCCAGGGAUGUGUUACUUCCUCAGCUCUGUCACACCAUCCUGAGGUUUGCAUUAAUCAUUUCUUCACUUUUCCUUUAUGGUUUUAUCACCUACAUAUGCAUACUUAAUGUUGCUUGGUUUUCCCUAUUUUUGAACUUUAUAUAAAUGGAGUCAUAAUGUAUAUUCAGUAAUUUUAAAAUUCUAUAUUUUUAACUUUAUGCAUAUUAAUGUACAUAGUUGAAAUUCCUUUUCAUUGCUGUAUCAUAGCGUAUAUAAAUAUACCACAAUUUUUAUGUUUAAUGGACACUUGGACUCCUGCCAAUUUUGUCACUGAUAAGCAAUACUUGUGUGAACAGUGUAAUGAAUAUCUACUGCUGCAGAUGGAAGGGUUCUCUAAGAAUGGAAUUGGAAGGUGUGAAGAAUGUAUGUGUUCAACUUUAUUGAUGUAGAAAAAUAAUAUUCUCUUCUACUAUACUUUUAUUAAAUAAAAUCCUAUUCAGUCCUC